CUGAGGCGCCCUCCCAACUGGACAGGAAAGCCUCAAACGUUCAAAGUUGUGCCCUUUCCCUCGACUAACGUAUUUUAGCUCGAAGGACAGUCCCAGGGCCUCAUCAUGGCAAUCCUAUCCACACCCUUGCAUUAUCUCUCCUCAGUCCCACUCGUCACACGCGUUUUCACCGGCGCAACCGUGGUCACCUCUUCCUACUACCUCUGGAAUCGCUGGACAACUGGCCAGUUCUUCUUGCCAUGGCUCACUCUUGUCCCUGGAUCGAGUCUCUUUUUUCCAUGGACAUUCCUAACUUCGGGCCUGGUAGAGCUGAGCAUUAUCGAGUUGGCUGUCUCAUUAAUCAUGAUACCAGCAUCGCUCAGAUACUUUGAAAGACUGUGGGGGACCGUAGAAACCAUCAAGUUUCUCGUCGUUUGCAUCAUUGGUCCCAACCUGAUCGCCUUUGCCUUCAACUGGAUCGAAUUCAUCGCCACCCGAAACGCGGACAUGUUCUUGUACGGCAUGCAGUACUACGGUCAAAUGACUCUCUUCAUAUCCUUCCUCGUCGCAUUCACCCAAGUCAUCCCUGAACACCAAGUACAAGUCUUUGGGUUCAUAAAAGCCCGCGUCAAGCGUCUUCCGAUGGCAUACCUCACCUUUUCAACAGUUAUGACUCUGCUAGGGUUCCAAAGCCCCUACAUCCUCAUCCAGUUUGGAUGGUUUGUGUCGUGGAUAUACCUUCGGUUCUACAAACGCAACGUUAGUGACACCGUUGGUGGCAUGGACACGUACGGAGAUCGCAGCGAGACUUUCUCCUUGAUUAGCUGGUUCCCUCCCUUUGUCCACACGCCGUUGUCCAUGCUUGGAAACACCGUCCAUCGCCUGGCGAGUCGAUUCCACCUCAUCCCGUCGUCUGUACCAUCAGACCUAGAGGCUGGGUACAGCCAGGUUCCUGGUGGUGCACGCGCUGAGGCAGAAAGAAGACGCGCAUUGGCCCUCAAGGCAUUGGACCAGCGACUUGCCAACUCUUCGACUUCUUCACCACCUUCCGCCACCAACCCCCCGCGAGGGUCGCAGAGCAUUGCCGCCUCCAGUUCUCAGCCGGAUGGCCCCUCCAAACAGGUUGCUCCCCAAGAAGCCGAUGUUGCAGACAGUGUGGACUCGAAGGAUCAGGCCCGAUAGUGUACUUUGUUCACGUCAUUUAUUUUUUUCAUACGGAGC